AUGGGCAAAGACCAGACCUUCAAUCACGACCUCGAGACCGCCUCGUCCAAAGAGAAAGCCCCACAUUCUGUUCACGAGGAAGACGCCAAUGUGCCGUACGAGGGCAGAGGAACGGCAGCCGAGAGGCGACUGCUGUUCAAGCAGGAUCUGCGAAUAGUGCCGCUAUCCGCCUUCAUUUACCUCCUCUGCUCACUUGAUCGUUCGAACAUAGGCAACGCAAAGGUGCUCAAUGAGGACACCGGAAAUGAUCUUCUCACGGAGACCCACAUGACGAAUUACCAAUACACAAUAGCUCUCAUGGUGUUUUUGAUCGCCUAUGCAGUCUUUGAGGUGCCGUCAAACUACAUGCUCAAGCGACUGAGUCCGAGCACGUGGAUUGCAUUUCUCAUGCUCGCUUGGGGUGCUUUAACCAUGGGCCUUGGUGGUACUCAUUCAUAUGGAGAUGUCACAGCUGUGCGUUUUCUGCUGGGGGCUUUCGAAGCUGGGCUAUUCCCUGGCCUCGUCUACUUUCUGACAUUCUGGUACCGUACUGAAGAGCGCUCCAUCCGAGUUGCUCUUAUCCUGGCUUCUGCAACCUUGGCCGGUGCUUUUGGUGGCGCCAUCGCCUAUGGCGUAGGACACAUGAACGGGACCGCUGGUCUAUCUGCUUGGAGGUGGCUUCUCAUCCUUGAAGGCCUGCCAUCUAUUGUGUCUGCGUUUUUAGUGUACUUCAUCUUGCCCGACUAUCCCGAGACGGCAAGAUGGCUAUCUACUGAUGAGAAAGCUCUUGCAACAGAGCGCUUGAAAGUGGAAGGCUCUCAUGGCCAUACUGGACAUAUGACUUGGCAAGACGCCAAGGAAACGCUUACGGAUUGGCGCUUGUAUGGGCAUUACGCUGUCUACUUUGGCAUCUCAGCCCCUUUCUCGUCCCUCUCGCUGUUCACACCAACCAUAACUGCAGGUUUAGGAUACAGCGGUCUUCGCGCUCAGCUCAUGACCGUACCGCCUUACGCUGUUGCUUAUGUCGUAACUCUGGCCGUGUCCUGGUCUGCCGAUCACUUCAACCGCCGUGGUCUUCACAGCGCUGUCUUCGCCACUAUAGGUGCUGUCGGCUUCCUCGCAUCAGCAGUCCUACCACCAGAUGCCUACAGUCAUCGCUAUGGCUGUUUGAUCGUGGCCGCUUCUGGAGCAUUUGCGUGCAUUCCUCCUCUUCUUGGCUGGCUCAGUAGCAACUUGUUCAGCACAGCGAGCAUUGGGCUAGCCAUUGCGAUCAACAUCUCUACUGGAGCACCAGGCCAAAUCUUGGGCGUGUGGAUAUACAAGGCUGAUGAAAAAUCCAAGGGCUACCCAACUGGGCACUGGACCAACGCUGCCUUGUUAUUCUUCGUUGCCGCCGGCUGCGCGGCGCUGAUUCUCUUCUACCACUCAAAGAACAAGGCAAUAAGGAGGAAUGGCGGUGCAAGACUUUAUAAAUACUGA